ACCAGCUCUAUCAAAUUUUCUACAAUGUCUGCUUAAACUAGGAUCAUGCGGUUUGUUAGGGUUAUUUUGAUUACAACGUUCUGCUUUCUCUUUUACGGGUUUGUGUUUUUUCGUUGGAAAAUGCACUCUUUUUCGGGAAACGAAUUCUCUUGGUUGAAAGACAACCGUGCCCGAAUAAUCAACAUAAACUCGUCUUCCAUCCUCCAUCUGCUCGAUUUGACGCCGUUUUUUGACGAAAUUGACACAUUUGACUCUCUUUAUGGCACCAGACUGGCGUUUUUCAUUGAAACAUCGGCCACCGGUCUUUUGUCUGCCAGGCAAAUGUGCUCUGUUGAGUCUCUCACGCGCACCAACCCUGACGUUCAGGCCAUCGUGGUGCUUCCAUACCCCAUCAAGUUCAUUGACCUGGCAGAAAACCGGCCUGUGCUGCACGUAAUUACGGCCGUGCCAAACAUUAAAUUUGCCACAAUUGACAUCCUACAGAUUAUGAAAAAUUCCAAGAUGAUAAGGACCAUGAAAAAGAAACUAGGUCGAAGUCCUACUCCGUUACAACACACCAGUGAUUUUCUUCGAGUCGAGCUUAUCAACAAUUUCGGAGGAAUAUAUCUAGACCUCGACUUCGUCGUUUUAAAAAAUCUCAGCAAGUUGUAUCAAGAGAUAAAUUUUAUCGCCUCACCUUUCGAAACCCGGAUCACAAACGCCGUUUUCGGAUUCAAAAGAAAUCACUCCUUGCUAAAAGAAAUCAUGGAAUUGGUCGAUAGAAAUUACGAUCCGAAUGUUUACGGCUCGGGACCGUUGAGUUUCACCUCAUCCGUUAAAAGUUAUUUUAAUAUAGAAGUGGAUGAGGCUGUGAAACGCGGACGUGUAAAGGACGUGCGAUUUUACAACAAAACGGCGUUCACGCCGGUGCACUAUGACAAUGUCUCGAUUUUUUUCGAUGAAAGAAACAGUGAGAAAGUUAACGAGUGGAUCGGCACUAGUUUUGCGGUGCAUUUGUGGAAUAAAUUGAGCUCGCCGACAAAAUUGCAAGUGGACUCAAAAGCGCCUUACGCUGUGAUGGCGCGAGAAUUUUGUCCGAGUGCUUUUGGAAGCGUUGAGGACUAUUUUUGAGCUCAGAAUUAAUGUCUUUUUUUU